AUGAUAAUCGAAGUGCGUGACGAUCUGGGCAGCGCGGCGUCGAUCUUCUCGCGCAAACACCCGCUCUCGUGCUGGCUCUCCUCUAUGCUCAUGUGCUUCGCCGACGCGUUCCUGGCCAACUUUCUGCUCGGCGAGCCCGUUAUCGCUCCGUUCAAGCGGCACGACGACGUCAUUCUCGCCACCAUCGUCUGGUACCUCGUCUUCUACGCCCCGUUCGACGGCAUCUACAAAAUCUCGAAAAUCACGCCCGUCAAGUGUGUGCUCGCCGUGAUGAAGGAAGUGAAGCGGGCGUACAAAGUGUCACACGGAGUGUCGCACGCCGCCAAACUCUAUCCGAACUCGUACCUCGUGCAGAUUCUCGUCGGAACCGCCAAGGGCGCCGGCUCCGGAAUCGUCCGCACACUGGAGCAACUGGUGAGGGGCGUCUGGCUGCCGACGCACAACGAACUGCUCCGCCCGUCGUUCGCCACCAAGGCCUGCGUCGUCGCGGCCACCGUGUUGGCUCUCGAGAAGAACGGAUCGUAUCUGACUGCUCCGCACGACCUGAUCUAUCUGGUAGGUAUUGACUAUGGCCAUUUUGCAACCAGACAUGUCGCAAUCAGCGAUUGACAAGAGGACGAGACAUUUUUUUUGGAAAAUUCUGAAACUUCUUCUGCUUUUCUAGUUGGCUGCGCUAUUGUCAAGCUCAGCAUAAGGUUAAGGAAAAAUCUGGAAAAAACAUUCUUGUCAAUCGCUGAUUGCAACUUGGUCAGUUGAGAAACGUCCAAUAACCGAUAAACUGACAGUAUUUUUUGAUCUUAGGUCAUUGUCGGCUUCUUCGUCUACUUCAAACUGUCGGCCGUCAUCCUCCACGUCACCGACCCAUUCGCGCCCAUCGAGAAUCUGUUCUGCGCCAUUUUCAUGGGCGGUAUCUGGGACGCGGUCUCGCGUGCUCUGGCCGCCUCGCGCGACCGCCGCGCCGCCGGACAUUCGAACGAAAACGGAUCCAUCGCCGCCUCGGAGAAGAAGGAUCAAUAA